UGGAGUGGUGAAAUGCAAGCUUGGUUGAUGACCAAGGGACUGUGGAGGCUCGUCUCUGGCGCUGAAAAGUGUCCUGGGACUGACACUGAAGCAAUAGAGAAAUGGGAGUUGAGAGCUGAAAAGGCUGCUGGUGCAUUAUAUCUCAAUGUCACCAAAGAGCAGCGCAUCCAUCUUGAUGGCAUCAUUGAUGAUCCUGUCAAGAUCUGGGAGAAACUGGCAAUUGUGCACGUCUCUAAGAAGCCUGGGACGAGAUUUAAUGCCUAUGACGACUUCUUCUCUAUCAGAAAGAAGGAGGACGAGUCCCUGCAGUCUCUCAUGACCAGAAUUGACGAAGGCAUGCAUCAGAUUCAAAAUCUUCGUCCUACUGGCUUCUCAUUGUCUGAAUUAGACGAUGAAUUGACAUGCAUGGCCAUGAUUAGGGCACUUCCUGAUCAAUAUGCCCACUUCACUU